ACUGCCUCCUCCCCUCUCCCUCCCCCGCCCGCUCCAAUGCCGCCGCCCAUGGCGCUCUCCGUCUCCGUCUCCGUCUCCUCCUCCGCCGCGGCCUUCGCCCCGCGCCACCGCCUCCCCGCGCCCCGUAGCCUCACCCGCGCCGCCCGCGCCUUCUCCACGGGCUACGCCGCGAGCUUCUACGGAGGCGCGGCGUCCGCGACCCGCACCCGCGGCCGCGACGAGGAGGAGGUCGGGGACGAGGACGGGUCGUCGUCGGGGUUCGGCGGGAUGUCGGCCUCAGAGGCGGCGAUGGCGCUGGAGGAGCGCGAGAUGCCGCCCUGCCCGCCCGGCCUCCGCCAGUACGAGACCAUGGUCGUGCUCCGCCCCGACAUGUCCGAGGAGGAGCGCCUGGCCCUCAUCCAGCGCUACGAGGAGCUGCUCGUGGCCGGGGGUGCCAUGUACGUGGAGGUGUUCAACAGAGGGGUCAUCCCACUGGCCUACAGCAUCAGGAAGAGGAACAGCAGGACCGGGCUGCCCUUCACCUACUACGAUGGCAUCUACCUCCUCUGGACCUACUUCACCAAGCCCGAGUCGGUGGACACCCUGCAGAUGAAGCUCAACGCUGAUGACGACGUCAUCCGCUCGACCAGCUUCAAGGUCCGCAAGAGGAGAGUCUACUAGAAAGGACGGUUGUGUAAGAUUGAUUUCAUCUCAACUUGGGACUGGAUUGAAGAAAGCUCCAGGUUUUGGUUUAUGUUUAUAUAAUACGAGAAUGCUGCUGCCUUGGGUGUAGAUGUAUGCCUCCUUUUGAAAUUGCUGUUGAGAGAAAAUGUUCAUCUGUCUUGUUUAUAUUUGUACAAAUUCAUGAUUGCC